AUGGGUUCGUCUGAAUUUCCCCUCUAUCCACAGGCUGUGAUCGUCCCAUUGUUGGCCUUUUUCUCGAUCUUCGUGAGCAUUGCUCCGUUGGUCCUGCACUGGAAGAAUCGUAACCUCCCAGCGUGCUGCCUCAUAGGCUGGUUCCUGAUAUUGAACCUCUUCAACAUAACCAACGCCAUCAUCUGGCCCACGGAUGAUUCUACAACGUGGUGGAACGGGGUUGUGCUCUGUGACAUCGAGGUCAAGAUCAUGAUCGCCAGCUACGUUGCGGUACCGGGAGAUAUCAUGUGCAUUUUCCGCGGCUUAGCCUGUGUGCUGGACACCAGGCGUGCAACCCUCGUCCCCACCAAACAACAGCGCUGGAGGAAUCGUUUCAUGGAGCUUCUCUUCUGCGUGGCGGUGCCGAUCAUCGCUAUGAUCACCCAAGUCUCCUAUCAGGCAAACCGGUAUAUGAUCUUCGCCAUUUCGGGCUGUGUCAACAGCUUCGACGAAAGCUGGGUGAGCGUGCUACUGGGGUUCAUCUGGCCGCCAAUCAUUUGCUUCAUUGCGGCUUAUUAUUGUGGCCUUGUACUGUACCGCCUGCACAAAUAUCGAAGCCAAUUCAGCGACAUCCUUAACUCCUCAAACAGCAAACUCAACAAGUCCCGGUUCAUGCGUCUAUUCUUUCUCUCAUUCAUCAUGCUCAUCGCCAUCAUCCCCGUUCAGAUAUACGUCCUGUACAAGAACGUCGAAGGCACGCUCCCGGUGUGGCAUGCAUACUCGUGGCAGCGCACCCACGCCGGCUGGAACAUCAUCUACAAGAUUCCCAGCAAUGGCCAAGCCUUCUUCGACCGCUGGAUCCCCAUCGUCUCCGGGUUCUUCUUUUUCAUCUUCUUCGGAUGUGGCCGCGAUGCCGCCCGAAUCUACCGACUGAUCCUCAACUUCCUAGGACUGGGUCACUGCUUCGCCUGUGUGCGGACGUCUCCGCCUGGGACGGAUGCCUCAACCGGCCACACGGGGUCAAGAGGCAGUCGGGCUAAACUACUCUUCCACAAGAAGUGGUCAUCUUCAGAACGAACCUACAUCAACGACCCCCUCCCUACGUUCCGAACCAGCCGCACCAACCUAGAGGAACAAGCCUCCCACAAUGCAAAGACAUCAUGGCUCAAAUCCCCCUUCUCUGCCCUCCGCCGCUCAUACUCCGCCAGUCGCGAGAGGAUGAUCCCCCUCCCUACUAUUUCAUCGGAUCCCACAAGCACAGUAUGCACCAAUGCCUGGGCGGGUACUAGCCAAAGCCGCGGCAGCGUCGACUUGACAAGCACUGCCUCUAACCAGGAUAUCAUCCGCGUCAAGCAGGUGAUCAGCCAGGAAAGCGAGGGUGUAUGA